AUGCCACCGGCGUCUCAGCGACGCUUCCACAGAAAGAGCCGACAUGGCUGCGUCCAAUGCAAGAAGAAUAGAACCAAGUGCGACGAGCAAAGGCCCACUUGUGGAAGAUGCGAUCGAAUAGGCAAACACUGCUCUUUAGAUUCUCCCGACUCUGGCCUCGUCAUCAUUGAAGAGAACAGUCGGCUGGAAGGAAAAGCCGCUUCCGCUUCGAAAUCCCUUGUCCUAACAACCUCUUCUCCUUCACAACCAGGUUCUCCAAGCAUCAGCAUCCGAAGUGCUGGCAGCCGUGCCUCGCCGAUUCACAGCAUCACGCCACUAUUACAGUUCACCACCCUCGAGCGCGAUCGACUCAGGCUGAUGCAUCACUACGAUCGUUUCACGAGUGAAACGGUGGCAGACUUGGUCCUGCCUACCCCUGAAGGGGUGGACAUCAUGCGGUACUAUGUCCCCGAAUUGGCCUUUGAGCACGAUUUCCUGUUGCACGGGAUCCUGGCUUUAAGUUCGCUCCACCUGGCCCUACUAUCACUCGACAACGCCGAUACACAGGGUCUGGAACGACACUCGAGUCUCGCAACGUACCACCACGGUUGCGCGAUCCAGAUCUUCAAUCACAAUUUAGCCAACUCCGCUGACCACAACAUCGACGCGCUCUUCCUGUUCUCGAGCCUGGUGGUCAUGUGUUCUCUUGGGUUCCAGCGUGUCACUCAGGGAUCGCGAGAAAAAUCAUUGGCACAGAUUGUCGAAAUGUUGAAUCUGCUCCGCGGCACCGGGACGAUCGCCAAAAGUGGCUUCGACAAACUAGUGCAGGGUCGGCUGAGUCCGCUGUUUGGCCAGAUGAAUCGAGCACUCGCUGGAGGUCCUGGGGAGUUGUCAGAAUGUGCGGAAACGGUGCUGUCGAAUCUUUUGGACCGCGCCCUGAAGACCGCCUCGCCUCAACGCGAGCUGUACAUCGACGCACUGGCCGCGCUGCGAUUGAACCUGGAAUUUGCCUCGGCAGUGAGCAUCCCUCACCGAGCCCCGAUCUCAACAUUCCCGGUCAUAUCGCCUGCGGGAUUCUUUCAGCUCGUGGCGGCCGGAGACUCACUUGCGCUGGCGUUGGUGGCGAACUACGGCAUUAUUUUACAUUGGUUGAGAGGAAACAUAUGGCUCGGUGAAUGGGGUAAGCAGACGUCUGGGACUAUCAAAACGGCGUUGUCGCCGGAAUGGGAGGACUGUCUGUUGGACUUACGAGAAGCUGAUUGGAAGUACGGCGGCUCUGGGCAGUUGUUGGCAGCAAGGUGA